AUGCAGAUGGCGGUGGGCGACGGUGCAGUGCCAGGAGUUAGUGGAGCUGCAGAUGUUUCGCAACGGACGCUCUCAGUUGUCGAAGGUCCUGCGGAUUCGGAAUAUGACAGAGAUCCUUCAUACGGUUCCUCAGCAGAGUCUGCAAAGACAGAGCAAAAGCAGGUGAUCCCUAGACCAAUAAACAAGACGGCAGCGCCGAGGGAUAUCGAGCCAGAGUGGGCGGUCUUCCCAGAAUCCAAUUACUCGUUUGAAUCCGACAGCGCACUUGGCAACAAAUGGGGGUCUGGUUCGCCAGAAGAGCGUUUUAAGAAGCGCCAAGAGGCGUACUUGCGUGAGGGCACAAGAAGGUCAGUAGCAGCAGUUUUUCUGGUCCACUGCGCAGAAUAUCCUCAUGUGUUGCUGUUACUAGACCAGCAACAACAGAAACACAGCCUCAUUAUGUUCAAGUACAAAACCUGGCAGAAACCGAAGGAGGUGCUGCAUCAGAAACUGUCGAAGUAUCUUAUAAAGCCUGAACAAAACUCUAAGAGGAAAUGGGUGGCACAGCAACUCUCCACAGACGGUCCUGACUUGGAAGUAGGAGAGUUUCUUGGCGAGUGGUGGAGAGGCGAGUUUGACGACGAUUUAGUCCCUUACUUGCCGCCCCACGUCACCCGUCCAAAGGAAAGAGUCCGUGUGCAUCAGGUGCAGCUGCCCCAUCGCUGCUCAUUUCGCAUUCCCGUCGGUUUCUGCUUAACCGUCGUUCCCAUCUUCGAGCUUUCUCCCCAACGCGUUGGGCUUGCCAUUGGCGGGUUGUCUCACCUUAUUGCCCGUUUUAGCAUCCGGCUUAUGGUUCCAACUUUGGACAAAUAUGAAGCAGAUACCUCACUUGAACACAAAGGUGAGGCUGGGCUCGACGAUUUAGGAACAAGUUUUGAUAUACAUGAGCUAGAGGAGCAGCCAGACGUUGCAGGCGGCCACGGUGAAGCGAAGCCAGCACUGGAAAAUGAUGGAGAACUCGAAAUGCUGCCACCAGAGCUACAGCAUCUUGCAGAACCUGAAGAAGCAGAAUGA